GGGCAUGACUGUGACAACCAAUUCGGUGGUGAUUACCAAGGACCAAAGUAAUUUGAUAGGCAUCAGCAUUGGAGGUGGUGCACCAAUGUGUCCCUGUCUAUACAUCGUACAAGUCUUCGAUGGUACGCCCGCAGCGCGUGAAGGUUCUCUACAAAGCGGCGAUGAGCUGUUGGCAGUCAACUCGGUCAGUGUGAAGGGUAAAACCAAGGUGGAAGUGGCUAAAAUGAUACAAGCCGCCACUACAACUGUCAGCAUACACUACAACAAGCUGCAUGCCAAUCCGGAGCAGGGCAAAUCGCUGGAUAUUAUAUUGAAGAAAUUGAAGCAUCGCAUUGUGGAUAAUAUGUCGAGUAAUACAGCAGAUACUUUGCGCCUCUCGCGCGCCAUCCUUUGCAAUGAUUCACUGGUAAAACGGUUAGAAGAACUUGAGGGAACCGAACUGAUGUACAAAGGCUUGGUGGAGCAUGCGCGACGCAUGCUGAAAGCCUAUUAUGAUUUGCUGCAAACUUACAAAGCCUUCGGCGAUUGUUUCACACAGAUUAGCGCACGCGAACCGCAGCAACGCGCCUCUGAGGCAUUUCGCAUGUUUGGCGAAUUUCAUCGAAAUCUCGAAAGGGACGGUCUCAGCAUAAUCAAACAAAUCAAGCCAGUACUCUCCGAUUUGGGCACGUACCUGAACAAGGCGAUACCGGACACCAAGCUGACUGUGCGCCGUUAUGCCGAUGCGAAAUUUACUUAUCUCUCGUACUGUCUGAAGGUGAAGGAAAUGGACGAUGAGGAGCAUAGCUUUGCUGCGUUGCAAGAGCCGCUCUAUCGCGUCGAGACGGGCAACUAUGAAUACAGACUAAUUUUGCGUUGUCGCCAGGACGCGCGCAACAAGUUCGCCAAACUGCGUACCGAUGUAUUGGAGAAGAUGGAAUUGCUGGAGUGCAAACAUGCUACAGAUCUCAAUCAGCAAUUGCGCAGUUUGCUUGAUAGUUUGGCGCAACUGAAUCGUUCAGUGGUCGAGCGCAUGGACGCCUUGCCGCCACUUUUCCCUAUCGAGGUUGAUUUCAAAGAAACUGACUUCCAAUACAAGUCCAGCACGUUGAAGCCCCAGGACGUGGACGAAGAAGAUGAGGAGAGCAACGUGCGCACUGAAGCGAAUACACUACGCGCGUCGAGCACCGAAGUUGUUUGUGGCCUAGAGGCGGUGGAAACACCAGCGCCCGUAAUGAAUGUACAGCAGAAGGGAAGCAUCUUAGACGAUCUUGACGCGGCGGACAGUCAGUGUGCGGAAAAUAAUGAAACGCUCUUAAAGGAGUUGGGUCUAUUCGGUGUCGAUCUUAUGUCCAAUCCGCAAACUUUAACGAAUCAAAAGGAUUCGGUUGCUGCACAAAAUGGUGGUUACGAUUUUGAUUUGUUUCUCAAUCAGACGGCAGCAACAACGACGCAAUUGGAGCAGGAUUUAAUGUCGAAUGCGUCGGAAACAGAUUUGCUGUUGCAGUGAGUUGGCGAGCGGCUAGGUGGAAAAUGAGCUUCAAAAAAAAAAAACAUUAAAAAAUGUGUAUUACCAAAAAUUAGGCCAUAGAUAUGUAUCUAUAUAACGGUAAUGGCGGUUAUACUGGAACCAUUGCGAUCUAGGUUUGAUGCAGACACGUUCAUAUGCAUUUAAAAAAAAAAACAGUUACUAGACCAAUUUGAAAAUACCUCGUAAAAUCUCAUUAUAUUAAUUUCGUGAUCAAAUUUGCAAAAUUUUUUUUGGGGAUUUUUAAAAGCUUAAACUCAUCUAUCAUUUACGGUG